UUCUGUCGGAGUGUCCAGUCCCUGGUUGAAAUCAGCAGCGGCGCAGUGUUGAAUCAACACUGUUGAUCUGACAUCAAACGAAAUUGUUCUUUCGUAGUAAGAGAGAUACCGUUAUCGGCUCAAAUUUCCGUAGAAUAUUAUUUAGGCUGCUGCAAGUCUUCGCUUCGAAAAAAUGCCGCGCGGUAAAUUUGUCGGUCACAAAGGCCGAAGUCGUCACUUUACUAACCCCGAGGAGUUGGAGGAGCAGCGACGUCAGGACGAAAUAAAAUUCCAUAUGAGAAAAUGUAAAGGGGAUGAUGCGAGUUCCAGCGACGAAGGAGGCGAAGAAACCAAAAGUCCUCUGCAUAGUGGUUCGGAAACAGAUAGUGAAAGUGACUCAGAAUCGGAAUCUAAAGCGGAGGGAAAGGCGAAAGGGGUAGAAAACUUAAUCCAAGUUGAAAAUCCAAAUAGGGUACAAAAAAAAACAAAAAAAUUAUCAGAAUUAAAUAAGUCUGUAGACUUUGGAAAACCAGAAUUAUCUCGAAGGGAACGAGAGCAACUAGAAAGACAGAGAGCACAAGCUAACUAUCAAAAACUGCACGCGGCAGGUAAGACCGAUGAAGCUCGCGCAGAUCUAGCACGAUUAGCUAUAAUUAAACAACAACGAGAGGAGGCAGCGAAAAAACGCGAAGUGGAAAAGAAGCAGAAGGAACUCGCUCAGCAGAAGAAAACGGAACUUACGCAAAAAGCACUCGGCAAAAAAUCCUAGGACGAUCAAAUUUGAAUCAAUUACAAAUACUUUACAUCGCUGCUACUAUUACAUUAACACUACAAGCAGUUCGAACUCUACUUUCAUAUUGAUACUAUUUGAUUAAAUCAAUUUACGCAUUUGUAAUAUGCGUUUGAUGAAGAUGUCCUUGUUUGUAUAAAUACAAUUAUUAUAGUAAUUGAAUUAAAACUGUAA